AUUGGAUUCCCGUCCUCCUAAGCGAUCGAGCGUACUGCGCAUGCGUGCGCCUUGACUACUGAGACAAACGUAGACGCUGCCGAGAAAACGAUACGCAGCUUCACCUGACUUCGGGUUCAGCUUCUGGGAGGUGAACCAGGAAGAAGAGGUGUGUCACCAAGGCAAUCAGUUCAGACUCUACUGCCCUCUUGUAUCACUAUGGAGGGGCCUGCAGUGGAAAACCUCAUAGACUUUGACAUACCUUCCAGCACAGACGUGACCGCACCCACAACCAUUGGUCCGCCUGACUUGUUAUCAGCUGAGCCUCUUGUCCCAGAUACUGUGUCUGAGCUCCCAAAGCCCAUGGCCCCAAGACCAGUUGUGUACGAAAAAGAGGUAGAUGCCGAAGACAGCGAUGUAACAGAGUCUGCAGACAGUGAGAAUGACGCCACCGAUUCACCCUCUCACACUUCUAACUCCCGCCGCUCAUCUUCAUCAUCCAAUCACAGUGCUGAAGACGCUGAUGUAGCGGAACGGCGAGAAUUCAUGAAAGCUUAUGUAGAGAAGUUGUUUCACGGAAGGGAGGACUUUGACCAGGAGGAGAAAGCCCGCUUUGGCGAGUUGUGUAGUGGAGAAAACGGCAAGGGAAGGGAGUGGUUUGCAAAAUACGUCAGUGUGCAGCGCUGCAACUCAAAGUGUGUGACUGAGCAGACCUUUUACCGACUGGUGCAGUCUUUUGCAGUCGUCCUGUUUGAAUGCUACCAGAUGGAUGAUUACAGCCCUGCCAAGCACUUAAUGACCAUGUGCUUCACCUACUAUUACAUCGGGAAGACACAGCUGUCACCUACAGAGCUCCUGGAGAAGCCGAGUGCAGGCUUUGACUCAUAUCUGCGCAACAGCAAGGUCUGGCUCUCAGGCAAGAAAGACAUUGCUGAGAAAUUGUUAAAAAACACGACAGCUAAGACGGACAUGAAAAGCUUCUUCGGAGGCCUGGAGAGCAAGCUCAGAGGCCCGGCUGCCCGAAAGAAUGAAGAGUCAGAGAGCCCAACAGAAAGCAAGCAUAAAGAACCAGCUUCACCACCUGCAUCUCCAGACAAGAAAAAAGGAGAGAAGAUAUACUUGUACACACACCUGAAACAGCAACCAAUCUGGCAAACAUUAAGAUUUUGGAAUGCUGCUUUUUUCGAUGCGGUGCACUGUGAGAGGAACAAGAGGUCCCCCACAACGAGGCGGACAGCUGAGGAGGAGAAAGACGAGAGGGAAAAGUGGUGUCACAUGACCCAGGAAGAGAAAGACGACAGCUCCAGGAUUGAAGAAAACAUCACCUUUGGACAGCUCGGGACCUUCACCCAUAAUAUGAUCGCCUUUGGAUUGAGUAAGAAACUCUGCAAUGAGUUCCUCAAGAAGCAGGCAGUUAUUGGAAAUCUUAAUGAAGAACAAUACAAGUUGCUGACUGAGCAUAUUGAACAGAUGGCAGUAGAGUGAAUGGCAACUACAGAUGACUCCUCUAUCCUCCUGUUCUGUCCUACUGUUCGGUUCCCUAAUGUGCAACACCGUUCAGCUCCAGGUGGAAGCUUACUCCAGCCUCGCUCAUUUAUCCUACUGAGCACUGAUACAAUCCACCUUUAUUUGAACAAUAUUUAAUAGUCCAGCAACUGUAGUAAACAUAUCUAAGAGGUGGUAAAGACAUUGCACUUACUUCAUUGCUGCUCAGUGUAACUCUGUAUACUACUGCUAUGCUGCAGCACCACACAAAUGCUAUGUUUAAGAUGCAUAUCAGAACCUAACACAUCAGUUAUACUCUCAGUGGUUUGGUCUCAUGCAAUAACCUGUUUAUAAUGUACUCAGCAUUCAGUAAUCUUUUCAAUUGAUCUAAUCCUGGAAGUGUCUUUAUUGAGCUGGAUGAACUGUAAAUGUCUACAUGCUGCAGUUCUGUUACCCCUCAUCCUAUUCAUACACUCUCUCACUUUAAAUAGUGACAAAAUAAACAAAUGUAUGACAGGGUAUUUAGGCUGUAAUUCAAACAUGUGACACACAAUGUCCAACUCUCGAACACGUUAUCAGCUGCUCAUGUGCACACUAUCAAACACUUGUGAUGGUGUGAUAUUGUGUGAGAGGUGGUGUGAUUGAUGGUGUGUGUGUGUGUGUGUGUGUGUGUGUGAGAGAGAGAGAGAGAGAGAGAUGUCAAGUUUGAAUUAUGCUUAAACAGAUGUCCAUAAAAAAUCUUUUGCCACAGGCUCAGCAUUUCCAAACAGUUUAUAGUGAGAUUUUUUUUUACUUGAAAUGCGAGCCCCAUAUUAUUUAUGUUCAAUACAGUAUUAAAUGCCUCCUGUAUUAUCCAUGUUGUGCACAAAACUUUAGAGUGAACUUUAAAACUCCAGUCUGUCCAAAGUGCCUUUUACAAAUUUCCCCCAUGAUGUGUCCUUGUUAAAUGUUGGAAACAUAAAACUCCAGUUUUACAUGUUUUAUUCCCACACUCUAUCUCAUUUACUGUGUGGUUGUUUGAGAUGUUUUAUCCAGUUUUGCAUUUGUCUGUAAUCUACCUGCACUCCAAGUGUUUUGCAGUGUUUAUGAGUUGCGAGCUGUAGUGCUGUGUAACGGCAGUCGUGUAGUGCAUUGUCGUGUAAUGUAGGGUAGGGUAGGGUAGUGUAGUGUAGUGUAGUGUAGUGUUGUACUGUGCUGCAUUCAGUGUGCAUGUGAAUCCAUAAGUGAAUUGAGCGUUGCUGUAGUGUAGUUUCAUGUCCAGUCAGUAGAGGGCGAUCGUGGUACUCCAUUUUAGCUGCUGAGCAGUGGAGGAGAUUAUUAAACAACCCUGGUGUUUUAGAAAGAUUUAUGUAACUAAUGAAGUCUCCUUGCAUGAGGAUAAGUUAAGGUUAAUAUAUAUAAUGAACACUUUGUAUAUACAGAGAUUUUAUGAUGAUGAUGAUGCAUUUUGCAUUGCUACACAAUGACUGGUUCACAAAGGGAUCACUGGAUUGUCAAAUGUUUCAUUUAUCUAUCUAAGUCUAUAUGUUGACAUAUGGUGCCUGGAUAUUUAAUGGAUAGUGCAUCCCUUUUGUUGGGAAAAUGUGUGCUUUGCAAAUCCUGUUUGUCUCCCUAAUGUACUGUGAAUGCUUUGCUUUAAAACCUUCAUGUUUCCUGUUGGAAUGUACCUGUUAGAUUAUGCCUGUUAUGUGCUAAUAAUAAAAGAUGUCUAUCC